AUGGUUCUUCAAUUUCAACAACUGACUCUACUUGUUCUACUCGUUGGCGCAUCGGCAAAUUGGGCGAAUUGGUCAUCGGUCGCUCUCCUUCCAACUUGUGAUGGUGAUGAUGGUCUUUCGAAUCAAAAUGCAUCCUUCUUGCUCACGUCGAUCAUCUCAUUGCCUUUUUUUCCAGCUGAACUGUGUGAAAUUUCAACGGCUCUUCCAAUUCCAACAGAGAGGUACUCGUUUGAUUGCUUCUUUGUCACUUUCUUCGUUGUCUGUAUCAUCUUUGUGGUUGCGGUAAUGCUUGAGGAGGAUCAAGAAGCAGUCGACUCUUAUGCUGAUUUCAUCCCUGUCACUCAUGUUGCUCGGGCUCCUCUUCCUCCUGUCAAAAUCCAACGAGGUCGUGUGAUGUUGUCGAUCAAAUCGCUGCGAGUCGAGGCGCUGGAUGAGAACUUGGCCAUCCCACAAAAAGAGCGCAUCCAAGACGUACACUUCAUCUCGGCUACCUUUAGCGGCUCAUACAAGAUUGCCUAUCCUGGUCGCUCGUUCCUCUACAUUCAUUACCGUCCAAUUGGUAUCCCCAAGGUGCCAUUCGUCUUAUUCUACAAUACGGACAACAAUGGACGAGCCUUGGUUUCGAUGCCAGAAGAGGACGGUCUCAAGUGGGAGUUCAAGAUUGACACGCAUGAUGAGAGCGCUUUUUCGACCGAACAACUCGCACAAGGCUAUUAUGCAAUGCACAAAGUCUACGUACACUUCUUGGACGCUGAAGCCUCGAAGAACUUUGUCAACUCACAAAAAGUCGUCUUUAAGGUUCAACGUGCCAUCACCAGUCCUUCAUCUACAACGGCAACUACAGCUUCUCCAUCAUCCGUCACUAGGGGCUCAUUUACACCAGCCGCCAAGAAGAACUCACUUCCAAAGAUGGCUUUUCUCAAAUCCCUCCGCAGCUCUUUGAAGACAAGUCUUCGUGAAGUGGCAACGGCUUUUCGCAAAACGCCAUCAAAGACCUGCAACGACAUCGAUGCGAAAAACUUCAAAGCUAAGGGAUCUUUCUCGGCACCAUCUUUGAACCUCGACUCGACUUCAGAAUGC